AUGACUGGUGUGCUGCAGGCACCUUGUGAUGAGUUCGCCUGGUGUGCUGCAGACGCUUUAUUGAGUAUUCAACUGAUAAAGCUGGAGAACCUGCCUCCCAAGGGAAGGGAUGGAGUGUAUGAUGUGAUAGUUCGACUGUGUAUUCUACCUGCAGACAAACAGGCCAAAACAUCAAAGAUAUUACGGGGCAGUUUGAGUCCUUUGGCAGAAGAAGAUUUCAGUUUCAGAGUCAAGGAACCAGUUGGAAAAGCUGUGCGUUUCUCUGUUUUCAAUGCCUUACUGCAAGGAAAGCAUGAUGCCAUUGGGCAUGCUCUUUUCAACAUUGAAGACUUGGAACCAUCUUUUGGAAGCCUACAAGUUUAUCUUCAAUUAAGUCAAGAAAGACUAAUUGUUGAUACUAUACAAGCUCGGAACUUGUCAGUCAGUCAUAUAUUUAAAGGUGCUCGUUCGGCAGAGAAGUUCAACACUUACAUCAAGAUUACUUUCUACUGUGCAGGGCAAAAAGUGAAGUCUAAGAAAUCAACUGUGGUUACAGGUGAUCGCAAUCCACGAUAUGAAUACAGCUGUGAUUUCAAAAUACAGUCCAAUAGUGUAGAUGAUUGUUAUUUGGUGCUAAGUGUGGUGAUGAAAGCCAAUUUACGCAAGGACAUUACUCUGGGGCGGUAUAUAUUCGGGCCUUCCUUCUUUACAGAGAGCCGCGAUCUCACUCCGUGGGGGCGAGUGGUUUUAAAUAAAGAAGAAGUUCAUCAUUGGUUUCACUUAUACCAUUGACCAAUGUAUUCUUUCUGAAUAUAACUGAACUUUCUGAAUAUUUCAAAAUAUUUGAAUUCUUGCCUAAUUUCAAUAUUGGGCAGUGCAAUAAUAUUUCAUAGGAAAAGCUUACAAAUAUUUUAGAACUUUUCUUAUAAUUUUAAAAAUUAUUCAAUAUAUAUUUGUACAUACAAACCUCAAUAUUUGUAUAUAAUUAUAAAGAUAUAUUUUAUUGCAAAUAUGUAGAAUAAGUAGUUUGUAAAGAAUUGCUUUGUGACACUGUAAAUUAAUUAGAAAAUACACAUUAUCUAAAAAAAAAAAAUAUUGCAAACUUGACAUUUUACUUUAGAAAAAAAGGUUUAAAUAUAACAAUUUCAUAUUCCAUACAACCAACUACAAACAAAAAUUAACCUCUCGGUUAUUGUUUCAUCCAAGAACUUAUGAAAACUUGUGUGGAGUUGUGUGGAAAGCAACGGAACUUUUGACACCUGAAAGCAUCUAUUUGUGUGUAACCCUCCAAACUUAUUGGACUCACAAACGUAUGGGUAAAAUAAAGGUGGACAUCAUACCCUUUUUCAUCUCCCAGCUUAAAAAAUCCUUAUUUAAAAACAUUUUUUUAAAAAAGAUUUUUAUAAAACCAUCAUUUAUGUAAUUGAUCCUGAUAACUAUUUUUGAUUCAUGACAGUUUUAUUACAAAGAAUUUAAAAAUAACAUAAAAGAUAAUUUACAUUAGGAAGAUUCUUGAGUGAUAAUAGGCUAAGUUUCAUUAGUGUAGGAUAUGGUUAUGAGUGUGAUAAAUUCCAAUUUUUAAAGUGUCCUAAUUAUGAAUAAAUAUUUAUUUCAAAAUUUUAAUGUGCAUCAUUACUAGUAAUUAACCAUGGCAUUGAUAAGUACGUAAAUACCCACAAAAUCAUACUAACAAUUCAAUCACAUCCUGAAUAAAAUACAUCAUGUCUAGCACUCCAUAUUAUUCAUAAAUAAGUCAAUAUAAACAAAAUACUUGCAAACUCCUAUCCAAAUAAAAGUGCUGUGAAAUUUAUAGGCAAAAAUAGAUUAAUGUAGCAUAUAACGAAACAGAAAUAUGUAACAGUAAAGGAUUGAACUCUUAUUUUGAGAGAGGGGGGGAGAGAGAGGGGAGGGAGAGAGAGAAAGAGAAGAGAGAGGAGAG